ACCAAUAGAGGAAGGGGAAAAAAAAAAAAAAAAAGCUUUUUUCGUUUUUCAUUCUUCUUUAUUUGCCGUUUAUAAUGCCUUAAUUUCCAUGAAAGUGGAGGUUUCAAUCCGAGCUCUCAAAGCUCUUGUAACAUAUAGCACUAAACAGUUUGUCUCUUCCAACUAAACUGUGGGAAAAAAAUUCUCAAUUGGGUUGUGUUUGGGCUUCUGUAUCUCAUGUGGGCAUGUCAGCUAAAGCAAGGUAUAGAGAGAGAAAGAGAAGGAGAGGGAGAGAGAGAGAGAGAGAAAGAGAUGCUUUUUCCUUUCUCAGUGUAGAGUAAUCUUUCAAAAACCAGCCUUUCCAGCAAUACCCAGUUGCUAUUCAGCCCUCUUUUCGCUUCACCUUCUAUAGAUUACACCAGCUGUCGCCAUCUUGAGGCAUAUAUUUUUUAAACAUUUAUCUCUUUCUGCAUCAGCUUUACUGUUUUUUCUUCGUAUUCUCUUCAGUGGCUAUUUUUUUAUUUUUUAUUUAUUUGAGAAAAAAAUUCAAUUUUAAUUGUUACUUUACUAUUGUUGUUUGUUACGGUUUUGUUUUGGCGAGGUCCUGUUGAUAGUGAAACAAGUCUACUUUUUGUCUGCCUCUCUGUGUGAUUUAUUUUGCAACCUUCAUUUCCAAGCUCGUCCGCUUCGUUUUAGAUGUGCUCUCUCAUGCUCUGCCUCAACCUGGAUUAAUGGGUUUUCUGCAGUAAUGCAUCAAGACCCAGCAUACCAGAUCAAAUCAAGGCUGGAUAAUCAGAUUUUGAAGCAUUUUUGAGAUAGAUUCUUCGCCUUUGUCCCUGAUCAGUUGAGGUCACCAUUUGUUUGUUAAAAAUCCCGACAGAAAGUUUGGAAAAGUUAAUUGAGGUUCUUGGGUUGAAAAUGAGAGAUUUCCCAUCUUGUUUUGGUGAAAAUGGGGUUCAAGUUGCUGAUUCUUCUUCAUCAAAUACUAGUAGGACUGCCCAGAAUUUGGUUACUUGUGUCUAUCAAUGCCGGUUACGAGGCAGGUCUUGCUUGAUUACUGUAACUUGGAGUAAGAAUUUGAUGGGUCAAGGGCUUAGUGUUGGGAUAGAUGAUUCGUCAAAUCAGUGUCUUUGUAAGGUUGAUAUUAAGCCCUGGUUGUUCUCCAAGAGAAGAGGGUUCAAGAGUUUGGAAGCUUAUUCUAGUAAAAUUGACAUAUAUUGGGACCUUUCUUCGGCGAAAUUCGGAUCCGGGCCUGAACCUUUUGGGGGAUAUUAUGUGGGAGUUGUGGUGGACCGGCAAAUGCUUCUCCUUCUUGGAGAUAUGAGAAAAGAAGCUUUCAAAAAGACUAGUGCCAGCCCUGUGCCUUCUAAUGCUGUUUGUGUUGCCAAGAGAGAGCAUGUUUUUGGAAAAAGGGGCUUCACCACAAAGGCUCAAUUUUCUAAUAAUGGUCAAGUGCAUGAUCUUGUCAUUGAAUGUGAUACUCUUGGGGUCAAUGACCCGUGCCUCCUGGUCCGCGUAGACAGCAAGCCUGUGAUGCAGGUGAAGAGACUACGGUGGAAGUUCCGGGGGAAUCAUACCAUCUUGGUUGAUGGGCUUGCAGUUGAAGUUUUCUGGGAUGUUCACAACUGGCUCUUUGGUACAUCACCCGGAAAUGCUGUUUUUAUGUUCAAGACAUGCCUCUCAGCUGAGAAGCUGUGGGCUAGCCAACCGCUCUCUGAUCCAAGUGCGCUGCAGUGGUCAUUUUCACAGAGAUUUUCAGAUAGUAAGUCGCAGGGUCUAGGAUUCUCACUGAUUCUGUACGCUUGGAAGAAUGAAUAGAGGAAGUCGGAAGUUCUCCAUUGAUUGCUAACAGAAAACCUCCAGUGAGUGAUGAUUUUAUCAGCGAUGUGAUUGAAUUACCACAAAAAAUGAUUAUAUAUGAUCAUUUGUUAUAUAAUCAUUUGUUUUUUCUUAACCUUUUUCUGUUGUUUCUCCUUAUGAGGAGCUUGAGCAAUCCAAAUAGAUCAGAGACAGUUUUGUUUUUACUGGUUGUAUAUCCUUCAUACCGUGUUAAUUUCAUUCUUAUUUUUGUCCUUCAGAGAAUUCUAUGUCAAAAUCACUGAUGUGCAAAUUUCUUAUUAGAUCGAAAUUCAUAUGCUUGUCCUCGCAA